UUCCUUGACGGUGUCAGUUUCAGGUUGUGGAGAUCACUGCUUGUGUUUAUACUCUAUUACACAGGUUUAGUCUUUGAAAACCAGGCUAGGACUUUACACAUCAGGUCAGAGGAUCUAAUUGUUAAGUGUGGUUGUAGUUGUCAGAGAUCUAUGUAAGAGUUUUAGAUUUUUAAGUUUGGAGAUCGAUUCUCUCGUCUUAUGUUGUACCUGUCCAUGGUGCUGAAAUUGACUGAGGAAGUACGAGAACAUUUACAACAAAACUGAACUCAUUCAACAACAAAAGGAUCUGGUUGAAUUCAGUAAUAAGUCGGCUACUGAGCGGACUUUUUUGGGACACGUUCGAAGGAGUGUUUAAGAAAGGAAGAAUAAUGAUCUGAUUUUAAUGUGGAUGUGUUCCUCUAUUUUACCAAAAUUAGUGUCAUAAAGAACAAAUGCACAUUUGAAAUCCUCUCAACUCCGUGUAGUACUCACGAUGGAGGUUUCCACAAACGGGUCAAGCUUUGGAAUCGACUCUAUACUUUCUCACAGACCUACCAGUCCGUGUAUUUCUAAGGGAGAAUGCCGGUCUCCGGUGGAGUUGAGCUCGCGGUCGGACAUGGACAGUGACUGCUCCUCGCCUCCCUCACCUAGACGGAACUCUAUGGAAGAAGCGGUGCAAAGACACGCCCGGACUCUGGGACUGGACUCUCCUUUACAAAUAUCGCAGCAGCCGCGAACAGUAACGUCCUCAUUUCUAAUCAGAGACAUACUAGCAGACUGUAAGCCCCUGGCCGCAUGUGCUCCUUAUUCAAGUCAUGGACAGACGGCCCAAGAUGUUGAGGACUGCAUGGAUAAACUUCACAGCAAUUCGUCAUCGGACAGUGAAUAUAGGGUGAAAGAUGAAGGUGAUCGAGAAAUCUCCAGCAGUAGAGACAGCCCGAGCUCCCGGUUGAAGAAGCCACGAAAAGCUCGUACAGCGUUCUCAGAUCACCAGCUGGGGCAGCUUGAGCGCAGCUUCGAGCGUCAGAAAUACUUGAGUGUGCAGGACAGGAUGGAGCUGGCAGCGACUCUCAACCUCACUGACACACAGGUCAAAACAUGGUACCAAAACCGCAGAACGAAGUGGAAGCGACAGACAACAGUUGGAUUGGAGCUCCUCGCUGAAGCGGGAAACUACUCAGCACUUCAGAGAAUGUUCCCAUCACCUUAUUUUUACCCACAAAGUUUGGUCUCUAACCUCGAACCGGGACCUGGGUUGUAUCUAUACAGAGGUCCAUCAGCACCUCCGCCACCCGUUCAACGGCCUCUCGUACCGAGGAUUCUCCUUCACGGUUUUCAGGGCGGCGGAGAUCCAGUAUCUCUUUCUUGUGUGAUACCUCGACACACGCCGCGAUGAACUGAUUCAACCUGUCACUGCUCCAAACUCAGGAACACCAGGGUUGCGCUUGGACAAACCCUUGAAAAGAUAACUAAACGCGCAAUAAUAGACUUUCCAAAUGACUCUGACCAAAUUGUGAUGCUAACUAUUUAUUAAAAAAUGUAAAUGUUGAGGACGUUUUCAGAGAAAAAUAUUAGAUUAGGUUCUAAAAAAAUGAACCUCAUUAGUGUUUUCUGGUGAGCUUUGACAUUUGCUUUUCCCCUAAGAAAUGGUUUAUUUGCACAAAAAAAUGACGCAAGCAAACCAAAAUGAAAAAUAUCAAUAGAAGAUAGGCUACGGUAAUAUCAACGCAGUUAUAUGCAAUCAUGAACAACUAAUAUUUGGGAUUUUAUAUAGAUAAUACUAAGUUUCAAGGACAAAAGCAACAACAAUAAAACAAUGCUACGAGAAUGCGCUGUGAAAUAUGUAAUUUGUCACAAACUGUUAUGAUGGUUUUAUUGCUAAGAAUUCUUAUGUUUAUUAGGAUGUUGUCUUAAAAUGUGACUAAUUUCCCUAAUGCAGAGGUCAGCGCAAAUAUCCAUAGCACUGCAAACAUUUUUAGAUAUUUAAAAAUGUGUAAAUCGCGUUGUGUGUUCAACAGACGCCAAAAUACUUUUCUAAAUAAAG